GAAUUCCUUUUGCUCGAAGGCCUAAACUGCGAUUUAGCUAACCUCUACUCCGUUGCUUAUGUUUAAAUAGAUCAAUGGAUUUCACAAGGCUAAAUCGGAUUUUGCGUUUCUGGAUUAAUAAAAUUGGAAAUAUUCUACUUCGAUUAUCAUAGCGUCUCGUUCAUGCUAUUAUCUACCUAUUCUACUUUACGAUCGGUAUGGUGCAUGCACUUGAAGGCUGUCUUAUCUCCCGGGGGUUACUGAGGAAAUACAAAUCCCUCCAUAUAUCCAAGAUCCAGUAUCUGGCUAUUGUGAUUGAAAGUGAAGAUGCAUGCCGAACUUCGAAUGUUUUUGAGCUUUUGCAAUGGCUGGAAGCUCUUGGUAUCAAGCAUGUUUCCCUUUAUGAUAACGAAGGAAUACUGAAGAAAUCAAAAGACUUCAUCUUGGAGCAGUUCGAUGGUGCAGUAUUGUUUCAGGAUAAUCAUGAAAAUAAUGUGCUACUAGACCAACCACGUAUGACUUUGGAGUUUGUAUCAUUUUCUGAUGGGAAAGAAGCGGUUGCUAGAGCAGCCAAUGUACUUCGUACAAAGUACAUAAAAUCAGGUGGCACUGGCUCAAAUCAGGGAGAGCAAAUCUUCACUGAAUCUCAAUUGAGCGAGGCACUCAAAACUGUUGGCAGUGCUGGGCCAGAACCUGAUCUUAUAUUGAUAUAUGGACCUGCCAGGUGCCACUUAGGUUUCCCUGCCUGGAGAAUGCGAUAUACUGAGAUUCAACAUAUGGGACCCUUGAAGUCUAUGACAUAUGGAUCACUAAUCAAGGCAAUUUAUAGAUUCACAACGGUGCAGCAAAACUAUGGCAAAUGAGGUGCUGCAAUGGGAGAUCGUGUUCCUGGACUAGAUGAAUUAUAUAUAUAUAGAAUAAAUGCUACAGUUUCAAGUUUGGCCAGCUUUACUUAAACCUGAUUAUAAAUUAUUGGCAGGUAAUUUCGCGGACAGUAUAAAGCA